AUGCGCCUAGGUCAUAACUGUUCUUCUUCCCACCUGGCUAAACUGGGCAUAGUAAAUAAUAAUAUUUGUGCUUGUGGUACUGGAGCAGAAGACUUAAAUCACAUCUUCUUCGAAUGUAGCAUGUCUGGUGUGAUCGUGGUGCGCCUCUCGCAGCCGGCAGACGAGGCCGCUCGCGUGGAGCUGGUUCGGUCCGGCUUCACUUCCUACCAACGCGACGCAUUCCUGCUGUUCUUCUUUCAGGAGUUGACAUUGCAAUGGUGUGUUUUGGGGGGUGCCGUGUUGUUUAUAUUCUGCGGAGUGUCCGUGACCGGAUGCCUGUUGCUGUUGCCCGCUGCAGCGCUCGUGGUUGCAACCUCUGUCUACAUAUCACACCUCGCACUGGCUGAUAAGCAUGUGCAGAAUAUGCGGAAGGAGAUGGUGGGUUUGGUUGCGGAGUACCGCGGGCCGCUGGUGAACGACCCCGCCAGCGUGAGCACUCGCCUCGUGAGCGAACUGGAAGGAGGGAUGAGAGAGGGAGACGGGACGAAGGGGCGAUCCGCUCGUAUCGUGGGCACUGCCAGCGUGUCCGAAGCCUGGGGCUCCACAGGCGGGGGCUGGCUGCACGCGCUCGCUGUACAUCCACACUGGCGUAGACGCGGAGUGGGGCGGGCGCUGGUAGGCGGGGCGCGGGUGUGGACGGGCGCGCGUGGCCUGCACUCGCUGCAGUGCGUGCUAGGAGAGCUGCAGGAGGGUGCGCGACACCUGCUGCAUCGCGACGGAUGGGAGGCGCGCGGUUGGUAUCACCGCAAAGUGUGCGGAAGUGCCAUCACGCUGCAACUGGCGCACUUCUCCGUGCCUACCCUGCAUACAUAUGCCUGA